AUGGAUCAGGAAUUGCCGAGAGAGAGAGAGCCUGAAGAAGAAUCUUACAAUUUGAGUGAGGGCACGCUGCUCAUCGCCGCCGUUAUAGUCCUCGCCGUCGUCCUCGUCGUCGCCUGCAUCCACCUCUACGCCCGAUGGCACCUCCUUCGCCGCCGCCGCCGCCGCCGGAGCCAAAGCCACAUCGUCUUCUACGCCGCCGGAAACCGCCUCCGACCGGCCGUGGACCGCGGCCUCGAUCCAUCCGUCUUAAACUCACUUCCACUAUUCCUUUACUCCUCCUCCUCGGCGGCGGAGGAGGAGGAGCGGCGCCGCCCGUCGCUAGACUGCGCUGUCUGCCUUUCGGAAUUCGAAGAAAACGACGUCGUUCGCCUCCUCCCUAAAUGCGGCCACUCCUUCCACGUGGACUGUAUCGGAAUGUGGCUUCACUCCCACUCCACUUGCCCGCUUUGCCGGUCCUCCAUCGAACCGGUGGUGAACCCGGUCGGGCUGGCGCAGAAAUUCCCCGACCGAGCGAGUGCUUCCGACGCCGGAUCGAGUUCCGCGGCGGGAACCGGGUUGAGCGGUCAAAACGACGAGGGGAAUAGCGAUACGGCGUCGUUUUGGGGCAGGAGGAAAGGUUAUUGUGGGCGAGGAUUGUUAGGGAUUCGGAUUGAGACGCCGGCGGCGCCGCCGCCGUUAGAUAACGAGAUGAGUCAGAGCUCGUCGUUGUUAUCAUUGAAGAGAUUGCUCAGUGUUAGCCGGAAACCACCGGCGGUUUCCGGCGGCGGCCGGCAAAUUGCGACGGCGGAGACCGGCGAGUUGGGUUUGGAGAGUGGACUCAGUGAGUUAAGUGAAGCAACACGAGGAGAGGCAAACUCGGUCUAGAACGCAAUAUUUUUAUUUAUAUAUAUUAUUUGGACACA